AAAUAGAUAGGUAGGUAGGUAGGUAGAUAGCUAAAUAGGUAGGUAGGUAGGUAGAUAGCUAAAUAGAUAGAUAGAGCCCUGGUAGUUAGAGAGCUGCCACACUGCAUUGAUUUGGCCUCUUCCGCAUUCCUCCACUAGAGGGCGCCCAGUUUCUGCAGAGCCGCAAAUUGGCUGGAAAAAGCGCAAAACUCCUUUUUCUGGGGAUUAUAUCGAGCUCUUCGCCGCCUAUUUGAAGAUCCGGUGUAAUAACAAGGCUAUUUUUUUCUGGUUUUGUUUUUGGCGCCUGUUGCUCCUUUGCUCUUUCCAAGAGGCAUCGCCCAGCAAGAGCAAAAGGCGCUGGUUUGGGUCCGGAUCCCUUUUUUUGCCUGUCUUUUAAUAGUCCGCACUUGGAUAAACAAACAAACAAACAAAGCGGGAUCGAAUCGGGAAAUUCUCUUUCUGGCUUGUCUUCCUGUUGGCCUUGGAUGCAGUGAAGAGGAGGAGAGCCAAGGGGGAAAGGCAGGUGCAAGAGGAUGGCCCAGGCCAAGCCCACCGCACUCUCUCGGGAGAUCACCUGGUUCACCAUCACCUGCGUCUGUGCCCAUCUGCAGGCGAGAGCCGAGCAGUCCCAAGGUGCCUACUUCUUGCCCGAAUUUGCACUCUCUCCACAAGGAAGUUUCUUGGAAGACACUGCAGGAGAACAGUUCCUUACCUACCGCUAUGAUGACCAGACCUCAAGAAUUACCCAGUCGGAUGAUGCAAAGGAAGGCGGCUGGGAUGCCUGGGGAGCCUGGAGUGACUGCUCACGGACCUGCGGAGGAGGCGCAUCCUAUUCUCUGAGGAGGUGUUUAAAUGGCAGGAACUGUGAAGGCAAGAAUAUUCGAUACAAAACCUGCAGCAAUAACGAUUGCCAAUCAGAUGCUGGCGAUUUCCGGGCUCAGCAGUGUUCAGCCUACAACGACGUCAAGUAUCAAGGACAUUUAUAUGAAUGGAUCCCUGUUUAUGAUGAUUCCAGCUCUCCCUGUGCCCUGAAGUGCCAAGCCCUGGGCCAACAGCUGGUAGUGGAGCUGGCUCCCAAAGUCCUGGACGGGACCCGCUGCAAUGCUAAAUCCCUGGACAUGUGCAUCAGUGGAAUAUGUCAGGCAGUCGGCUGCGAUCGGCAACUUGGGAGCCAUGCCAAGGAAGACAACUGUGGUGUCUGUGCAGGAGAUGGUUCAACGUGCAGGUUGGUGCGAGGGCAAACUAAGAUGCAUUUCUCCGCAGAAAAAAGGGAGGAAACUGUAAUUGCAGUUCCAUACGGAAGCCGCAGUGCAAGAAUUACCGUGAAGGGGCCAGCACACCUUGUGAUUGAGUCAAAGACAUUGCAAGGAGACAGCGGGGAAUACAGCUUUGGAGUCCCUGGAGUGUUCAACAUUGAAAACAGCACAAUUGAAUUUCAGAAGGGCUUGGAAAGAGAAACAAUCAAAAUCCCAGGGCCCCUUGGAGCAGAUUUUAUCAUAAAGACCAGGUAUACAGCCCCGAAGGACAGCGUGGUUCAGUUCUUUUUCUAUCAACCCAUAAGUCAUCAGUGGAGACAAACCGAGUUCUUCCCUUGCACUGUGACAUGCGGAGGAGGUUAUCAGCUGAAUUCUGCGGAGUGUGUCGAUAUCCGUUCAAAGCGUGUUGUGCCAGAUCAGCAGUGCCAUUACUACCCAGAAAACAAGAAACCAAAGCCAAAACUGAAAGAGUGCAACAUGGAUCCCUGUCCUUCAAGUGAUGGGUUUAAAGAAAUCAUGCCCUAUGAUCACUUCCAGCCACUUCCUCGCUGGGAACACAACCCAUGGACUUCAUGUUCUGUUUCAUGUGGAGGUGGGAUUCAGAGGAGAAGUUUUGUGUGUGUGGAGGAGACCAUGCAUGGAGAGGUCUUGCAAGUUGAGGAGUGGAAAUGCAUGUAUGCCCCCAAACCAAAAACCAUGCAAGCCUGCAACCUGUACGAUUGCCCUAAAUGGGUAGCUUUGGAAUGGUCACAGUGUACUGUGACAUGUGGCCGAGGAUUACGUUAUCGAGUAGUGUUGUGCAUUGACCAUCGUGGACAGCACACUGGUGGCUGCAACCCACAACUUAAGCUGCACAUCAAAGAAGAGUGUAUUGUGCCCGUUCCUUGUUACAAGCCCAAAGAGAAGAGCCCUGUUGAAGCGAAGGUCCCUUGGUUCAAGCAAGCGCACGAAGUGGAGGAGAUCAGGACUGUGUCUGAAGAGCCAAUGUUUAUUCCUGAGCCGUGGUCCCCUUGCAGUGCUUCUUGUGGCCACGGCGUUCAGGUGCGUGGCAUGAAGUGCCGUAUUUACCUCGCAUUUACUCAGACGGAAGUGGAGCUGCCCGAUGAAGAGUGUGAGGAGUCCGAACUGGUGACUGAACGUAGUUGUCACCUGGAGCCCUGUGAUGGUGAUCCUGUCCCAUUCCUUCCAGAUUUUUCACCUUCUGAAGACGCUGGUGAUGUUGUCUAUGACUGGGAAUACAUCGGAUUUACCCCGUGCUCGGCCACAUGUAUUGGAGGGACUCAGGAGGCCAUUGCAGUGUGUUUGCAUGAACAGACAAAGCAAAUGGUAAAUGAGAGCUUAUGUGACAGAUUCAAAAAACCUCCAGCAAUGAGCCGCGUGUGCAAUACAAGGCCUUGCCUCCCAAGGUGGCAGGUAGGACCAUGGAGACGGUGUUCCGCCACUUGUGGCGUUGGGAUCCAGACAAGAGAAGUCCACUGCCAGCAACCGGGUAGGUCGGUUGUGAACUCUGGAAACUGCAAAGACAAGAAGCCUCAUGCUUUGCAAGCUUGCAACCAGAUUGAUUGCCCACCAGUUUGGCACGUUGAAGCUUGGGAACAGUGUUCUCAUACCUGUGGUGGAGGCACCCAGAACCGCCAAGUGACUUGCCAGCAGUUGCGGAUGGAUGGGAGCUUUUUGAAACUUCCCGAUGAGCGCUGUCAUGAACCUAAGUUGUCUACGCACAAACCAUGUGCAAAAACAGAUUGCCCUCCACAGCUGGUUCUGGAAGAGUGGUCCAGAUGUUCUGUAAGCUGUGGUGUUGGGACACAAAGAAGGAAAUCCAUUUGCCGAAAGUUGACAGCCAAAGGCCAACAUCUUGCAUUAAAUGCAUCAAUGUGUAGCAUCCCAGCGCUCAUACGGCCCUGUCACAUGGCUGCCUGCAACAAAAUGAAGCAAGAAACAAAAUCCAAACUUUUUGGAAAGUAUGCAUCGCCUGGGCCACAGAUUCUCGGCAUCUCCAGAGUCUACAUACAGACCAGGCAAGAGAAACGCAUUGCUUUCACUAUUGGAAGCCGAGCAUAUCUGCUUCCCAAAACAUCUGUCAUCAUCAAAUGUCCAGUUCGAAGGUUCCAGAAGUCUCUUAUCCAGUGGGAGAAAGAUGGGCAGCAUAUUCAUAUCUCUAAGAGGCUUGGUGUCACAAAAUCAGGGUCACUCAAGAUCAACAGCCUUGAGGCUUCGGAUAUUGGAGUGUACAAGUGUGUUGCAGGCUCCGUACAGGAAGUGUUUAUCCUGAAGCUCAUCGGCACAGACAACAAGCUAAUCGAACCACCCGCUUUUAGGAAGCCCACAGAUGGGAGCAGCAGCACCGAACACAACGAAGCCAACCGGUUUGGAGCAAAGUGGCAUAAAAUGAACCAGAUGUGGCAACUGUGGAGCCAGAAGAGUGAGCAGUAUGUGGGAGAUGGACAAGUGAAUGACCAGCCUUCCCUGCAACGUCUUGAAGCUCAUACAAAAAAUUCAGCAGAAGAAUACGACUCCCGUGAAUUCAGAAACAAACGACUGGAAGCAGUGGUCCUUCCUGGGGCUUACAGUAUGGACACAGUACAUUUCGAGGAGCUGAUAAAGAAUCUGAGUCAUCUUGUCGAGGCCGGAGAACUCACCGACGACGUGGUUUCCCAUCUCAUCUAUCAGUUGAUUGCCGAGGUGGCCAAACCGCCGCAAGUCAUUGCUGAACGACCGAAAGAGCCACAAGAAGAGGAGUUGCUUUCUAGGAAAGCUGGCAAAUCUCCAGAUCUGUUUGACAAUCUCAGCACAAAGCCCCAGGGCAGUUCUGUGACAACCAGCCAAAAGAUCCCGGUUAUUGUAAAGCCGAGAGACGGGCCAAAGGUUUAUUCAAACAAAACAAUCACUGUCCAUGUUGGGAGCACCCUUUUUCUGACCAAGGAUGUCCAUGUCGUCAAUUUGCUUUGCGAAACACUUGGGGUUGGCAACUGUAAUUACAUUUGGACAAAAGACGGAACAGACUUAACGUUAUCUGAUAAAGUGAUCAUGGAAGCCAGUAACAAAAUCCAGAUCUUGAAACCCACCGGGAAAGAGAUGGGGGUUUAUCAGUGCACAGCGAAGAAUGACUUUGGUUCAGAUAUGGGAACAUCUUCCCUGUUUUAUGCAGAACCUCCUGCCAUAUUGUCUUCAGCAAGGAAUAUCACAACAUUUGCGCUUCAAAACAUUUCUGUGGUAGUUGGGGGUACUAUCCUGGCAAGAAGAGAAGUCAACAUUAUGCUGAAAUGUCCAGUGAGAGGUCUUCCCCAGCCGGAGAUGAUGUGGUUGAAGAAAAGAGUUUCCCCAAGAGGCCGUUUUUUAAGAGUUGAGAAUGGCUCGUUGCUCCUGAACAACGUUUCCUGUGACGACGCAGGCGCCUACACUUGCACAGCCGCCAAUGCUCUUGGACGAGCUCUAGCCACAACUAUUAUUCAACUGACUGAUCAGAAAUGUCAGGAGCCUAAUAAUGGAACGUCUAUCGAUCGGAAGAGAAAGCGUGUCCUCAUGGCAUCUGGGAUUGGUACCAACAUUACCGCCGUGCCUGGAGCUCUAUUGCGGAUAGGUUGUCCAGUAUAUCCUUCUAGAAAGAACGCAAUUCGCUGGUUCUUCAAAAAUCAGCCAGUUGAAGAAAUUCAAGGCAUCACUUACAGAACCCUGGUCCACGGACGCAUCCUGGAAGUGAAUUUUGUGUCUGACCGUUUUGCCGGGCAAUACAGAUGUGGGACUUCAUCAAGUGCCAAGCCGUUGUCGGUCUGGGUGAAUGUCAAAAAGGAAGAGUAUAAAUGGAAGCUUGGGGAGUGGAGUCCUUGCUCUGCUACCUGUGGAAAUUCUGGGACCCACUUCCAAAGGAUCCAAUGUGUAAAUGAGAAGGAACAAAAGGUGAACAAAUCAUUGUGCAAAGAGAGCGUGAAGCCCAUUGUAAGCUAUCAGCCUUGCAACAUCCACGAUUGCCCUGCAAGAUGGGCAACAAGCGCAUGGUCUGAGUGCUCUGCUUUAUGCGGCAGUGGGUUUUCCCAGCGGCAAAGAGUCUGCAAACAAGUCAAAGCCAAUGGCACUGUUAGGACGUUGCCUCCGAGCAGCUGCAUAGACAGAGAGAACCCUUUGGAAAAGAAACCUUGCGUGGGUCGUUCUUGUACAGAAUGGAUGGUUCAUCCAUGGGGCCAGUGCACGGGUCACUGCAUAGGCCAUGGAGUAGGGCUGCAACACCGUCUCCUUCAAUGUCAGCACCAAAACAGAUCCACGGUAUCAAACUCACUGUGUGAUGCCAGGAAAAGGCCGUCUGUUAGAAGAAGCUGUUCUUCAGAGAAAUGUGAAGUGUUCUGGCGGGCAGGACCCUGGCGACCUUGCCCUGUUGAGUGCGGAAGUGGACUCCAAUCCCGGCAAGUCAGUUGUAUACACAGGAGAAGUAAGAGGCCUGUGGCAGAUCCAUUGUGCGCCUGGAAGAAGAGACCAGUGACUUGGCAGCAUUGCAAUAUCACUCCCUGUGACCGUAUGUAAAAGGCUUAUUUCCAUUUUUGAACUCGAUCACUUGUGGCAACCUGCACUUAGAGUGGUGAACUCUAGAAUGAAUUGGAUACGCCAUCAGUUGAAUCCACUUUCCCAUAUAAUUAGUGAACAAAGUUUUCCCAGUUCACAAAUUGAAGCAAUUGAAUGCCAAGUUAGACAUGGAGUUAUGUUGACUUCAUGCAUGUUGUUCAUGAAUGAGUCUCCAAGCAGCUUUCAAAUAACUCUGAACAGUGCAAGAGGCAAGGAGAGGGAGUGUUGAUGUUUUCUUUUGGUCUUGCAGUCGCAUUGCCCCAAAUGAGAUACUGGCCUGGGACAUCGAAGAAUUACAUAAAUUAACCUUUUCAAAAUAAUCCCGUCCUCUCUUAUAGAAGGCAGAUGUUUUAAUCUGAUAUAUAAAUGUGUGCCUUCAUGACACAUUGAUGUCGGUGGGAAAGGAGAGCCUGUGUCCCAUUUUCUUUCAUUUAAUUCAAUAGGUUUUAAACAACUGACUUUGGCUGGAUCAUUGCCCAAGAUUGUAUGCCAUUUUUUAAAUUAAAACACAUGUAAUAUACUUUUUGUAUAUAUUUAUUAUAUUAUUUUAAAGUGCAAUAUUUUUGUACAAUGUGUAAUAAAGAUUCUGGAACAUUUUUUUCCUUA